AGGAAGGGCGGUUCUUUAAACCGAACUUCAUGAUAAGAAAGUGCUAAAGAGAUUGCUGGAGCAGAAAAGGGGAAGUCAGCCCUGAGAAGGGGAGACAAGCUGAAGGAGAGAACAAUCAAGAUGACGGAGAAGGAUGCACAGCCACAGCUGGAAGAUGCGGACGAUGACCUGGACAGCAAGCUCAAUUACAAGCCACCCCCUCAGAAGUCCUUGAAGGAGCUGCAGGAGAUGGACAAGGAUGACGAGAGUCUAACCAAAUACAAGAAAACACUGCUGGGAGAUGUCCCCGUGGUAGCAGACCCAACAGUUCCCAAUGUGACUGUUACCCGGCUUAGCCUUGUUUGUGACAGUGCACCAGGACCCAUCACCAUGGACCUUACUGGCGAUCUCGAGGCCCUCAAAAAGGAUACAUUUGUGCUAAAGGAAGGUAUUGAAUACAGGGUGAAAAUUAACUUCAAAGUGAAUAAGGAUAUUGUGUCUGGCCUGAAGUAUGUUCAGCAGACAUACCGGACUGGCAUGAGAGUGGAUAAAGCCACAUUCAUGGUUGGCAGCUAUGGGCCCCGACCGGAAGAGUACGAAUUCCUCACUCCAGUAGAGGAAGCUCCCAAGGGCAUGCUGGCCCGAGGCACUUACCACAACAAGUCCUUCUUCACGGAUGACGACAAACAGGACCACCUCACCUGGGAAUGGAACCUGGCCAUUAAGAAGGAUUGGACAGAAUGAGUGCGUCUGUCCAUCCCUCCUGUCACCUUCCCCACCCACCAGAAGAAUUCUCCCAACCAUGUUGGUCAUCACAAACUCCCUCCUCCCUCCCUGUUCCUAGCUAGGCCCUUUCUCGGUCACACACACACACACACACACACACACACACACACACAUUUCAUCACCAAUAUGUUUUAUCUUACCCCAUCUCUCAGAGUGUUCCCUGCAAAUGAGACUUAAAACCCUGGCCUCCUCUCUCCUCCCACCUUGAGUCCUGAAGGCCAAGGAAUGGGCAAACUACCGCUGAUGCCUCCUUGGCCUUCUGUUCAGAAGUUUAUUCUUGCCACUGGGUUCUUCUGGUUCGAUAAAUCCCUUUGUUUUCUCUGCCAAGGGGAGCUCUUCUUUUGUGGGAGACACUGUAAACAACACCAAAGGAAAAGAAUAAAAUCGUUGUGUGUGUGACUGAGAACCUCAUUGCUUUCUUUUGCCCUUAAAUAAAUGUGGUACCAGAAA